AUGUCGGCACCACCACCGCCGCCACAACAACAACAACAAGAACAGUAUCAUCAUCACACGGCGAACACAACGUUACCGCACGGGUCUGACGCGACGGACGCGCACGAUCCUGUUGGUGGGAAUCACAUCUGCCACGACACUGUGUCAGAGCCACACAAUGCGCUGCGGCGUCCACAGGCAGAGGUAGCGGGCAAUGUACCUGAUGGGCAGCAUGCCACAGGCGGCGAUGGUGAGGUGUCCUUUGGGGAUUUCUUCUUCAACAACCUUCCGCCAGGGGACGGCGACGACGCGAUGCCGUCCUCGGCGUUUGAUGGUUUCUGCUUCGACAACAUCUGCGACAACGGUGAGUGGCCGUCAAGCGGUAUUGAGAUGUGCGACACCACACGCGACGGCGACACCUGUGGUGAAAAUCGUGGUGUAACGCCCUCGUUUGACUUUCUCCUUCCCGACGAUGCCGCCACGGCUACUGCCGCUGUUGGAAGCACGACAACAAAGGACGAGCUUGACUUUGACUUGACAAUGGCGCACUCAACUGAUGCCGUGGUGAGCGCCAACACCAACAUCACCUCCGUUGCUGCUGUCGCUGAUGCAAAGGAGCAGCAGAACUCCACGACGUGUGAGGCGAGUGAUGUCAGUAUGGAUAUUGCUGCUCUUUCCUCUGUCAACAACAGUGCUGCUGCGAAAGAUGUUACGGGGGCAGGCGGCAGCAACAACAGCGUGGCACUGGACGGCGGAAGUAUUGCCCACGAGUCGUUGAAAGGUGUUGCCGCCCCGCUGGUUUCCCCUCGGCUGUCACUCGGUGCGAAGGAUAUCUCUCUGCUAUCUGGGGGAAGUGCGGCAACCGCAACGACCGCGACUUCGCGUGUGCCUCGCGAUGGUGUCGAGGAGUUGCUGCGUCGUGCUGAGCGCAUUCUUCGCGAGGCCAACGAAGCUGAGGCCGUACGAGACGUCGCUGAUGUGCCCGCAGCUGAUGGGCGCCCGAGUAGUGACAGCAUCCACCAGCCGGACGCCUUCUUCAGUGCGCAGGCUUCACAUUGGCUUCGGCGGGGCGCCGAGGUGCAGGAGAGUGUCUUGGCGACUGUGACGGACCUGCAGCUGCGACUGACGCAGACGGUGCGGCUAUUCGGCGCCCACUCGGGCCUUUCUUCUGCACUCGGGCCGAAGUACGCCGCGACGCCGGUGGUGCUGACGCUGCCGCUCGUGCUGCCGCUGCUCGAGUCGCUCCUUGCAGAGGAGUAA